CAGCUUCUGCUACCUUUGAAGACUUUCAAAUCCGGCCCCAUGCUCUUUUUGUUCAUUCGUAUCGAGCGCCAGCCUUCUGUGACCAUUGUGGAGAAAUGCUGUGGGGGCUGGUGCGUCAGGGACUCAAAUGUGAAGGAUGUGGUCUAAAUUACCAUAAGAGAUGUGCAUUUAAAAUCCCUAACAACUGCAGUGGUGUACGGAAGAGGCGCCUAUCAAACGUUUCCCUAACAGGAGUCAGCACCAUUCGGACAGUUUCUGCAGAACCCUCGCCCAGCGUGCCGGAUGAAGCCCUUCUGUCUCCUGUCAGCCCUGGCUAUGAGAAAGAGUAAACUCAGUGUGAGACCCCAAAGUCCAGAUUCCAAAGUGAAGAUCAUAAUUCUUAUACUAAACAGUAAAAUUAGCUAACAUUAAAAUAUUUUGAUACAAAAGUGGCUUU